CUCAGUGUGUUCAAAACUUUCCGCCGAGUCGCAGCGAUGCGCGAGAGUCCCGACUGGACAGCGCCGAGGUUCGCGGGGAAGAUGCCACGCGGGUCUCCGGCAGGGCGACUGUAGUGAUGCGCGCGCGAGAGACAGCCGGCUACCUCUGCGGAAAGGGAGGACAGUGAAAGAUUUGCAUCAUGGGAAACUAUUCUGCCAAGGAGCGCAACGGAGCCCCAGGUAGUCCCCUGGACCUGUACCACAGCCCACCAAUCUCUCCACAGACUCUCACCUCACCUGGAAACCCCACCCACUCAGACACCAACUCCACCUCCGACAGGACCUCCUCCCCUGUUACUGACCCAGCGAGCACUGCGAUUGGCCCAAGGGGUCGACUGUCGUUAGAUAAGACAGGAAGCGUGAGCGUGAAGGUUGGCAGUUUUCCCAUAAGCCCUCCGAGGCACGGAAGAGUGGAGGUCAGGAGCCUGAGACGGAGUCUCACAGACACCACGCCCACAGAGAGGUCCCAGGUGAGUGCCUCACCUGUGCAGGUAGCUCCGCCCACCGUGGCAUGGAGCGACCCAGGGGCACAGGUGGACCGGGGGCUCCUGCAGGAGUGUGUGGUUGCGCUGGGGCUCAGUACUGCGGAAGAGAAAUCACACACACUGACAGAUAUCUUGAAGUGUUUUCUGAGCGAGAGAGAGCAGAUGAAAGAAGAACUGAGAAGUCUGAUGGAAAAGAUCCAGGCAGAACGUAGUGAGUGGCUGCAGUUCCAGUCUGAUCUCCAAGUGGCACUGGUGGUGGCUGAUAGACUGAGAGCGGAGGCAGAAGAAGAGAUGACCACACUCAGAGAGGCGCGUCACGACUGGGAGAAGCAGCUAGCCGAGGCCCAGCAGAGACGGCAAGAGGUCGAAGGUCAAAUGCAGCACCUAAAAGUGGAGCUGGAACAAAGCAGGCAGAGGCAGAAUCAAGGAGGCGACCCUCCCGGCCAGAACGGGGCGCACUUGUUCAGAGGCAGAGAAGGAGGAAGAGAUGGGUGUUUGAGGAGCGUUGGAAUGUCAGGGGCAGGCCGAGGAGAGCACCAGGAAGGAGACGCAAAGACAGGCACUGCAGAAAGACCACGAAGCCUAUCCAGACUUCCCUCAGAUUCCCCCACCAAUGUGGUCAAUGGUAUAUCUCAGACAUCUGUAGCACUGAAGACGAGAUCUGUCAGGAAUAAUAACAACCUAACAAGAGAAAGACUAACUUUGGACCAACAGGACAACUUGGUCAAUUUGUGUAAAGAUAAGAAGGAGGAGAAUCCAUCCUUGCCCUUGUCAAGUUCUCCUCUCAUUGAUCUUCCAAAUAAAGUCAGCAGGACAAAGCCUUCGGAGGACCUCAACACCCUGCUGAGACGCCACGGUGGCUCCAAACGGAACUCUCUGCUGCGCUGGUGUCAGGCCCGGACCAACGGGUACCAGAAUAUUGAGAUCACCAACUUUAGCAGCAGCUGGGUGGAUGGUUUGGCCUUCUGCGCAGUGUACCACACCUACCUCCCUACUUACAUACCAUACAACACACUCAGUCCUGAGAACAAGAGAGAAAACCUCUUACUGGCGUUCCAGACAGGGCAGGAAGUGGGAAUUGCGGCCUCGCUGACGGUGGAGGAGAUGAUGAAAGUAGAAGGGCCAGACUGGCAAAGGGUUCUGGGAUACGUGGAGAGCGUAUACCGCCACUUUGAGAUGUGACAUCGCCACUGGCUCUACGGCCAGCCCUCUCUUCAGCUUGAUCCUGAUCCGUUCGAUUGCUUCGGUCUGGCUCACAGACUCUGUGUCGAUUCACCAGGGAGGACUGAUCUUGACCCAUCGUAGACCACUCCAAACUUCUAAGACUGCCACUAUAUCUGUUUUUAGACCUCAUUUCGACACUGUUCUAAGUUCUAAACACACCACCAGUGUUUGAGAACUCUUGCAUGAUCGCUUCUAUUGUCUUGCUAAGAUUCGGCCUAAGGCCAGGGGGAGGGCAUCUGGAUCAGCGUCUAAAGCGCAUCCGACUAGGAGAACCAGCCGUGGCUUUGGGGUUACCUGCCACUGUAGACAGACCUGGCUGGCCGCCGCGUGAUGUUGCGGAACGAUACCCCCUGCUGGCCAGAGUGCAACGUAGCCAAGGGUAACUUGUUGUUCUAAGACUCAUCUCAGACCCAGUGUCAGACGCACACGGAGAAUCAGACGGUUUGAAAACAUCCAUUGUCUGAUGCAAGUUUGCCCUUUUAAACGGCAGGGGUGUGAGUUGCAACUCAAGUCACAACAAGUCACCGGGCGCUCGGUGUACAACUGAGAUGGACCUGUCUGAUCGGUUGUGUUCUUCAUGCGUGAAAUACAGGUGUGUCGUGCCUGGUCAUGUCUCUGUGGAAUCUGAACAAGGUCCUCCAAGGCUAUAGCUUGGAGUCACCCAGCUGACUGGCUGGGUGGUGCUAAGCUCUGUUCCACUGGACGCAGAUGAUCCUGGUGUGUGUGUGUGUGUGUGUGUGUGUGUGUGUUUGAAAUUUAAGUCUUGUGAUGGGAGCAGUGUUUAAGAAGGGGAGGUAAGAGAAAUUGUGAAGGAAAACACAGCUCAGAAGUGUCUGUCUGUUGCUCGUGUGUGAGAUCCAGAAGCCACUCCCACCUUCUGCUUUGUGUGCCACUAAUCAGCAUCCAAACAACAGAAACACUUUAAUAAAAAUAUCAAAACAUUG